AUGCAGCGGGUCCAUCUUCUCUGCUUCAGUCUCCUGUUGCCGGGAUGUAUCCUGGAUGUGCACGGCAGGAGCAACGUCCUCGACUGCUGCCUGCGGACAAGCGAGGUGCCCAUCCCAUGGUGGAUCGUGCAGGAUUACUGGCUCCAGCUGGUGCAGGAUGGCUGUGACAUCGAUGCUGCCGUAUUCAUCACCACAAAGGGCAAAUGCCUCUGUGCACCCCUCCAUUCCCCGUGGGUGAUUCGUCUCCAAAAGAGGCUGGAUGCCACCUUUGCCAAGAGGGGCAAGUAG